GGAUGAACUGAUGUCCUCGACCCUAUGGAAAAAAUUAUUUCAAUUAUAGGCUUCCUUCAGGCUUCUUGCGGACUUGCAGACGGUCCUUCCGGGCGCACAUCGGACAUGGCGCGCUCCUUCCAUCAUGGAAUCCUACUGCUGCGCACGUGAACUUUCGCCGCUUCAGUUCCGAGACACCAACCGGUAAAUCAGUGGCCCCCAAACUUUUUUGAGGUAGUGACAUCUUCCACACGGGUGGUUUCGUGGAUCACUUGAUGAAGUGGAUCCUCUGGAAGUGUGCUUUCUCCAUUUCCCUCUACCCCCUGGAUACCAAUUCAAUCGAAAUAUAAUUUGGCUUUGGUAGACUCCAGUGAAAAUGAAGGGAGAAACAGAUGAAGAGAAGAAGAAGGCCCAUCGUCCAAGGAAUGCAGGUAGGAAAGCAGAAAAGAAAAAGAAGAGGCAGGAAGGGGAUUUAAUAGAGAGAGCUCAAGCAGCCAAGCAAAAUCCUAAGGCCUUUGCUGUUAAGUCUGCUGUGAAAGCUGAGAGGCUAUUCAGGAGGACUCAGGAUCUGAUUGUGAAGAAACAGCAUAUCCCAGAAGUGGACAGAACUCCCACUGAACCCCCACCAAUAGUAGUUGCCAUUGUUGGACCUCCAAAAGUAGGCAAAACUACUCUGCUCCGAUGUCUCAUCAAGAACUUCACACGGCAACGAAUGAAUCAAAUUAAUGGCCCUGUCACAGUUGUCAUAGGGAAGAAGAGACGGGUGACUUUCUUGGAGUGCAAUAAUGACAUCAAUUGCAUGAUCGACAUUGCCAAAGUGGCUGACUUGGUGCUGCUCUUGGUUGAUGCAUGGUUUGGCUUUGAGAUGGAAACAUUUGAAUUUCUCAAUAUUUGCCAGGUCCAUGGCUUUCCCCGCAUCAUGGGAGUCCUUACACAUCUGGAUUACUUCAAGAACAACAAGCAACUGAGGAAAACAAAAAAGACCCUAAAACAUAGAUUCUGGACAGAGAUUUACCCAGGAGCAAAGCUGUUCUACCUCAGUGGCAUGGUCCAUUCAGAAUACCAAAAAACAGAAGUGAAGAAUCUUGGUCGCUUCAUUUCAGUCAUGAAAUUCCGGCCUCUCCAAUGGCGAACAAGUCAUCCUUAUGUUGUUGUGGAUCGUGUGGAGGACCUUACCAGCAUGGAAGUGGUCAGGCAGAAUUCCAAAGCAAAUCGUUAUGCUGCUCUUUAUGGCUACGUUCGGGGGAUUCACCUCAAACCUGAUACUUCCUUACACAUUCCUGGAACACGGAAGAAGCGUUCCUUGAACGAGAAGGAACGCAUCAUCUAUGCUCCCAUGAGUGGAGUUGGUGGUCUUCUCUAUGAUAAAGAUGCAGUCUAUGUUGAUGUUAAAGAGUCAACUUCAAUGCAGGAAUCCCAGGUUGUGGGGAAAGAAGGGGAAGCCUCUUCUCCAGAAUGGAGAAAAACCAGUGGGUUGAUGGGACUGGGAAGCCUGAUCUCAGGAGAUUUGACUCCUCUGGACCAACGGCUCCAGGAAAGCCAAGUCCGUCUCUUCUCUUCUGCCGAGCCCAUCAAGGCUGCUGACUUCCAAUGUGAUGUUGAAGUGAUUGAGGAGGGAGAUGGUCGGAAAAGGAGACGUGUUGUCUUCCCAAGUGCCAGUGAAGAGAUUCCUGAAGGAAACGAGAGAGAUGAUGAUGCAUCUGCGUCUGAAGAGGAAAACAAAAAUGACAGUGAUGGUGAGGCAGAGCUGCAAGAGGGUAUAGAGGAUGAUGAAGAAGGAAAUGAAGAGGAAGACAGUGAUGUAGAGGAAGAAGAAGCUGAAGCUGAAGAAGAUGAAGAGGAAGCUGAAGAAGAUGAAGAGGAAGCUGAAGCUGAAGAAGAUGAAGAGGAAGCUGAAGAAGAUGAAGAGGAAGCUGAAGCUAAAGAAGAUGAAGAGGAAGCUGAAGCUAAAGAAGAUGAAGAAGAGGAAGAGGGAGAGAUGGAAGAGUCAUGCCUAAAAUGGAAAGUGAAUUUAAGAGAAAAAGCUGCACAUGCCUUCUAUCAACAGCUUGCAUCCCCUUCAAAUCUCAAAAGACUUGUCUAUGGAUCAGGGGUGAAAGGAAGAGAGUCUGUGGGAGUUGAGACUUCAGAGAGGGAAGACCCAGGAAGCAUGGAAAGUGAGGAUGAGGACAAUCUUGGUGGCCUCUUCAAGAUCACCAAGAAGAAAGCAAUAGGAAAGUUCCAGUCCCCAGAUUCAAAUCCUCAGGACUCAGCUCUCUUCUUUGUGGAUCACCUUCAAGACUGGUCACAGUCCAGUGUGAAGGAGGAGAUUCAGGAUUGCUUUGUGACUGGGAAAUGGGAGAGGGGAAAGGAUGCCCAGACACUUCUUGCAAUGGAUGUGGAUGGAGAUGAUGACCAAGAGGUCUUUGGGGAUUUCGAAGAUCUUGAGACUGGAAAGACAUACCAGGGUGAGAACAAGGAACAUGAAGAGGGGAUAGAGACAGGGGAAGAACAGCGACUUGAGAAGAAGAAAGAGAUGAAGGACAUGUUUGAUGCUGAAUAUGAUGACAAGACCCACUCAUCAGAGUCCUAUUAUGAUGAAUGGAGGAAGCAGUUGGACUACCAGGCUCAGCUGAAUCGGAGUGAGUUUGAAGGCUUAGAUGAGAAUCUGCGAUGUCAAUACGAGGGAUAUCGGCCAGGGAUGUAUGUGAGGGUGGAGCUACGGAAUGUUCCCUCAGAGUUCUUCCUCCACUUCCAUCCCUCAUACCCCAUCAUCCUUGGGGGUCUUCUCCUUGGAGAAGAAAACCUCACCUGUGUACAGGUAUACUUAUUCCCCUCUUUUUCAAGGACAAUCCUAGACCUGGACCGGUCUGUUGAGGUGGUGAAGAAGCUGAAGAUUGUUGGAACUCCUAUGACAAUCCACAAGAAGACUGCCUUUGUUCGUGGGAUGUUCACAACACCUCUAGAGGCAGCCAAGUUUGAGGGGGCAUCAGUGAAGACAGCCUCUGGGAUCAGGGGCUGCAUCAAGAAGGCCCUGACAUCUGGCAAGCAUCCAGGUGUUGUACGCUGCACCUUUGAAGACAGGAUCCUUCUCAGUGAUGUGGUGUUUCUGCGAACAUGGUAUCCCAUCCAGUUGCCAAAAUUGUAUGCCCCAAUGAAGACCCUGCUUCUCCCCAUGUUAGAGCGCAUGCAAUGGCAAGGCAUGAAGACUGUAGGUCAGCUGAAGAGGGAGCAAGGAAUACGUGCACUACCCAAUCCUGAUCAGCUCUAUACGCCAGUGGAGAGGGAGUGGAAGGAAUUCCGCCCUCUGCAGAUCCCCAAAUCCCUGCAGAAGAACUUGCCUUACAAGGACAAGCGGAAGCUCCCCGGCAAGAAGAGGAAAGUGCCUUCAGAUGAGCAACGUCUCACCAUCAUUCCAGAACCUCAUGAACAAAAGGUCUAG